UGACGCGGCUUCCUCACGCUGCAGCAGCGCUUCCCCGGCCGGGGACAGCCUCUCCUACUACCCUUCGCCUGCGGACUCCUUCUCCAGCAUGGGAUCGCCCGCCAACCCCCCGGACUUCUGCACGGAUCUCGCCGCCUCCAGCGCCAACUUCGUUCCCACGGUGACCGCCAUCUCCACGAGCCCCGACCUGCAAUGGCUGGUGCAGCCCACCCUGAUCUCGUCCGUGGCCCCGUCGCAGACACGGACUCACCCCUACGGCGUCCCUGCUGCUCCCGCCGGCACCUACUCCAGGGCUCCGGUCGUCAAGGCCACCGGAGGCAGAGGGCAAAGCAUUGGCCGGAGGGGCAAAGUCGAGCAGCUGUCCCCCGAGGAGGAGGAGAAGCGGAGGAUCCGGAGGGAAAGGAACAAGAUGGCAGCUGCCAAAUGCCGCAACCGCAGGAGGGAGCUGACCGACACCCUCCAAGCGGAGACGGACCAGCUGGAGGAGGAGAAGUCAGCGCUGCAGAGCGAGAUCGCGGGGCUGCUGAAGGAGAAGGAGAAGCUGGAGUUCAUCCUGGCCGCGCACCGCCCUGCCUGCAAGAUCCCCGAUGAGCUGCGCUUCCCCGAGGAGCUGGCGGCCGCCUCCAUGGACCUGGGCCCAGUGCCCAGCCCGCCGCAGGCCGAGCCCGAGGCCGAGCCCGAGGAGGCCGCCUUCGUCCUGCCGCUCAUGCCUGAGCCAGCCCCGGCCCCAAUCCCGGCCGAGCCGCCGAAGGCCAGCGGGCUGGAGCUGAAAGCUGAGCCUUUCGACGAGUUUCUCUUCCCGCACUCGUCCCGCGAGACCGCCCGCUCCGUGCCCGACAUGGACCUGGCCGGCUCCUCGGCCUUCUACGCGGCGGACUGGGAGGCGCUGGGCGCCGGCGCCGGCGGGGAGCUGGAGCCGCUCUGCACGCCCGUGGUGACCUGCACGCCCUGCCCCAGCGCCUACACCUCCACCUUCGUCUUCACCUACCCCGAGGCCGACGCCUUCCCCAGCUGUGCGGCCGCGCACCGGAAGGGCAGCAGCAGCAACGAGCCCUCCUCCGACUCGCUCAGCUCCCCCACACUGCUGGCCUUGUGAGAGCCGGGCCCAGGGCACGGACUCCGGAUCCCAGCCCCCUGCUGGUGCUGCUCGAGGGGGGCUUCCGCCUCCCUCUCGACCCCCAGCUGAGCAGGGGCAGCCCGGACCUGCGCUCCAGGACCUUGCGGGGUGCUGCUCGGGGAGGCCUCGCACCUCUUCCAGAGAUGUAGCAAAUCAAUCGCAUGGAGUUCGUCUUGUCCCCAGUGCCCCAUCUAUGAGAGCUGGUAGUCUGUAGCAUGUCCAACAUGGCUGGGUUGGUGACUCCCCUUCCCUCCUUAGUAUCACUAGCAUUAAUUAAUGAAUAGCUCUUGGUUUCAUGACUUGGAAUUUAACCUGGUGCUGGGUUUCUCCAACUCGUUAUCUAGUGCAGCUGAUCUAACAAUAACUACUGUGUCCCUGGCAAUAUCGUGUUCUGAUGACUUAGCAAUGACCCAUCUUAACUGGGGGGGGCAAAAAGAGACUCUCCUUUAUUUUCUAGUAGAUAGAUAAAUGGCUAUAUCCAUGUACUGUAGUUCAACAUCAAUGUUCAUCAUUCUCUUACUGAUCAUGCGUUGUCAAGGUGGUCUGAAUGUUCUGACAUAAGUUUUCCAUGAAAACGUUUUUAUUGUGCAUUUUAAUUUAUUUAUGAAGAUGGAUUCUCAGAUAUUUAUAUUUUUAUUUUAUUUUUUUCUACCUUGAGGUCUUUUUUGGACAUGUGGAAAGUGAACUUGGAUGAAACUCUUAAGCAUUGUUUGCUUAUUAUUGUUCAGAGACGUUGUCAAUAAAAAGCAUUUAAGUCAAAUGUGA